UAUGUAACCAUAAUCUAAAUAGUCAUCAAAGGAGGAUGAAUAAUGUUAAGUGGAAGAUCAUAUAUUAAAAAGGUUUGAAUUGUAGGAAUUCAAAGGGAAAGGAGCUUAUGGUGUAGUAUGGAAAGCAGUAGAUCGCAAAACAAAAUAGAUAGUAGCUUUAAAGAAAGUAUUGCAUAAAUAGGAUGUAGAUUUUUGAUGCAUUUCACAAUGCAACUGAUUCAUAAAGAACAUUCAGAGAGGUGAUAUUUUUAGAACAACUAAAAAACCAUGAUAACAUAAUAAAAUUGACAUCUGUAAUAAAGGCAGAGAACAACAAAGAUUUAUAUAUGGUAUUUGAUUAUAUGGAGACAGAUUUGCACAAGGUAUGAGUAUAUAAUAAAGUAAUAGGUUAUAAGGGCAAAUAUUUUGGAGCCGAUUCACAAGAAAUAUAUUGUUUAUCAAGUGUUGAAGGGUUUGAAAUAUAUACAUACUGGAGAAGUGAUACAUAGAGAUUUGAAGCCAUCAAAUUUACUGAUAAAUUCAGAAUGUAAAGUAAAGGUAGCAGAUUUUGGACUGGCAAGAAGUGUGGCAAUGCCAGAUGAUAAUAUAAAUCCAAUAUUAACAGAAUAUGUAGCAACUAGAUGGUAUAGAGCACCUGAGAUAUUGUUGGGAUCUCAAUAUUAUUCUAAAGCAGUGGAUAUGUGGAGUUUAGGAUGCAUAGUAGGAGAGAUGAUUGUAGGAAAGGCUAUAUUUCCGGGGACUUCAACUUUGAAUUAGAUUGAGAGGAUAAUUGAGCUUUGUGGGAGACCAAAGCCUGAUGAUUUAGAAGCAAUAUAAGCUCCUUUGGCAGAACAAGUGUUAUAAAGCAUAUCCACUUAGAAGAAGAAGAGUUUUGGUUAAUAUUUCUCGGCUGCUUCAGAAGAUGCAAUUGAUUUUCUAAAGUAAAUUUUAGAAUAUUUAUAAAUAUUACAGAAAAACCCUGGUUUAUAAUCCAACUAAAAGGAUGACAGUAGAACAGGCAUUAGAACAUCGCUAUAUUAAAGAGUUUAAAAAUACUGAAGAGGAAUCUAAAAGAGGUAUUUAAUUGUUAAUUGAAUGAAUUUAGAUGCUCCUCUUGAAACUUUCAUGGAUGAUAAUCACAAGUAUUCCAUUAAGGAGUAUUAGAAUACUUUGUAUAAUCUUAUAGUUUAAAACAAGAGGAUAGAACACAAAUCAUAAAUCAUGAGGAAUUCCAAUAAUGGAAGUGUUAAUUUAAGUGUUGACAAAUCCACAUCUCCAACUAAGAAGGAGUCUUCUAUAAUUAAAAAGGAACCAGAAAAUAAUAAUAUAGAUAAAGAGUUUCAACAUCCUGGUCGUGCUUUACAUCAGAAAUCUUAAUCUUAUUCUUAAGGGUAACUUAUGGUUAGGAAAACCACUUCAUAAGAAGAUAUUUAAUAUUAGGUCUCGACCCAUUAAAGUCCUACUUAUAAGAAAUAAUAAUAGAUGUUUCCUAUGGUUGAUUCUAACAGUCCCAUUAAUAAAGCCAAUAGAAAGUCUUCUUUAGAUAAAAAAUUGCAGAGUAAUUUGACUGCAGCCAUGUAAGCUACUCUGUCUCAAUAAUAAUUCUCAAGAAAAGGAUCAUAAGGCUCUAUAUCCAAAACUACUGUUUUCAAUAAGUCAAUGACAAGUACACAAUAUAGCUCCUUGUUUCAGAAAAAAAAAUGAACUUAUAUAUUAAAUAUCUACAUACC